UCCCUAGGGAUGCCUGAGAGCCAGGGGAAGGACAGUGAGAGCUACAGCAGCAGCAGCAGCAGCUCCAACACUGUUAACUCAGCGGCUUCCUUUGGACAGUAUCAGUACACAGCCAGCGAGUAUCGAGCUAUUCAGCACGCUCUGCGGCAGAGGCUGGGCCCAGACUACAUCAGCAGCCGGCAGGCAGGAGGAGGGCAAAAGGUCUGUUACAUUGAGGGUCACAAGGUCAUCAGUCUGGCCAAUGAAAUGUUUGGCUUCAAUGGCUGGGCUCACUCAGUCACUCAGCAGAAUGUUGACUUUGUUGACCUCAACAAUGGCAGGUUCUACGUGGGUGUCUGUGCUUUUGUGAAAGUUCAGCUUAAGGAUGGGUCAUACCAUGAAGAUGUGGGCUAUGGAGUCAGUGAAGGCCUGAAGUCUAAAGCCUUAUCCUUAGAAAAGGCAAGAAAGGAGGCAGUAACAGAUGGACUGAAGAGAGCACUCAAGUGCUUUGGCAAUGCUCUUGGGAACUGCAUCCUGGACAAGGACUACCUGCGAGCCGUGAACAAGCUUCCCCGGCAGGUACCCCCUGAGUUAGACUUGGUCAAAGCUAAAAUGCAGGACUAUGAGCCUGAAAUAGAGCAAGCAAGAUACAGCAGCUAUGUGGAAAGGCAGAGUGCAGCAGGGAGACAGCACUGUGAGGUGACACCUGGCUGUAAGCCUGGCCAGACAGAGGUUGCUGUGACAGCAGAUCAGAAACAGCCCAAUGCUCCCAGAAGCACAGACUCCCUGGCCAUGGAGCGUGAUGCCACUUACCAGAGGAAGCUGCGCCAGAAGCGGCUGCAGCAGCAGUUCCGGGAGCAGAUGGAGAAGAAGCAGCAGGUGCCAGGAGUUACUCCCAGCAGCAAACAGGCAAAAUCCGAUGCUCCUGCGAAGCACAGCACUCCAGCAGAAGUGCAACAGGAGCUGGCCAUAGAAGAGGAGUUCUUUGCAGAUGAUCCCGAACUUUGGGACAUUUCCUUGGAGAGCACUGACCUGAAGGUAACAGGUGCCAAAAUAUCAGAGCCCUCCCCAGCUGCCCAGCAGGCUCCUGAGACCCCCCGUGGCCAGCAGCAGACGAGCACUCGCUGCAGGACACCCCACAGGGGGACCCAGCACAGAGCUGCUGCCAGGCUGGCACAGCUGCAGCCCCCUGCUGCAGCCCCCGGCACCAGCUGUGCCCACCAGCACACCCCAGGGUGCAGCCCCCUCAGGAGAAGUCAGAGCUUGAAGAAAAGGAGACUGGAACCUACGUGA